AUUGGGAUUCUCUUCUAGAUUCCUAUUGUCCUUCCCAAUAAAAUAAGUAAAAAUCCCAUCGUUUAUUUUUAUCCCCAUUAUUUAUUCGCUACGGCCCUACGCUGUUCUCCUCCUCGAGUAACUUAUUCUCAUCUUUAUUCUCGCAUUUUAUUCCAUUUCUUCGCCUCGUCCCCGCCACCCUCUCCGCGAUCAUCGCCGAACCCUAAAUCUCUCUCUCUCUCGCUCUCUCGCCCUCGCGCGGCUCCGGCGAUGGCGAUCCUAAACCGCUUGAUGCGAGGCCGGGCCGCCGCCUCUGCGGCGGCGGCUGCGGCGGCGGCGCGGAGGUUUGCGGCGGCGGCGUCGUCCGAGGUAGGCGCCGCGUUCGCGGCGAGCGUGGGGCGCGAGGGAGAGACAGCGGAGAGGAGGACGAAGAGGGAUCCGAGGAGCUGGAACGUGCAGUGGGUGUUCCUGGGGUGCCCCGGCGUGGGGAAGGGAACCUACGCGAGCCGCCUCUCCCACCUCCUCGGCGUCCCCCACAUCGCCACGGGUGACCUCGUCCGUGAAGAGCUCGCCUCGUCCGGACCCCUCGCCAAAGAGCUGGCAGAGAUUGUGAAUCAAGGCAAGUUGGUAUCAGAUGAGAUCAUCAUUAGCUUAUUGUCGAAGCGCCUUGAAGACGGAGAAGCUAAGGGUGAAUCAGGAUUCAUUCUUGAUGGAUUUCCACGAACGAUAAGACAAGCGGAAAUACUGGAGGGAGUGACUGACAUCGAUCUGGUGAUCAACCUUAAGCUUCGAGAAGAUGUGCUGCUCACAAAGUGCCUGGGGAGAAGGAUUUGCAGUCAGUGUGGAGGGAACUUCAAUGUGGCCUCCAUUGACAUCAAGGGCGAGAAUGGGACGCCAGGCAUAUACAUGGCUCCGCUUCUACCUCCUCCACAAUGUGCGUCGAAGCUCAUUACUCGAUCAGAUGACACCGAAAAAGUGGUGAAGGAACGAUUACGCGUGUAUCACGAUUUGAGCGAGCCAGUAGAGGAGUUCUACGGCAGACGAGGGAAACUCUUGGAGUUUGAGUUACCCGGGGGCAUCCCGGAGUCUUGGCCGAAGCUGUUGCAAGCAUUGAAUCUGGAAGACCCAGAUGAUAAGCAAUCCGCAGCUGCUUAAUUGGUAUGUGGAUAUCAGUGUUUGUUAAACGCAGGUGUGUGUAAUGUACAUGAAAGCCUAACUACACUGCGAUUCUUUCAAUAAGAUCUGAAACCAAGCCGCCGAUUAAAGGGGUGGAUACUGGGGUAAUCCUUGUUGACGUCAAAAA